CCAUAGCCUGUCGGGGCGAGCCGAGCGCCCGCGCGGGUUUUUGUCACUUCCUUGUCGUGAUUUUUGGUUGAGGAACAUUCAAUUUAGACGUUUCUACAUCGUCUGAAAGCGCUACAAAGCUGGUAACCUGCAGCAGGGUAUGCUUCUAAUCCAACGGGCUUGAAUUUAAUGAAAGCAGAGAGACGCCAACACAGUUGCAGUUGGAAGCAGAGAGACCGCAGCACAUCUGUAGUUCCCCUAACUCCAGAAGGACAAAAUUUGUGGCUUUGCCAACAGCAACAUGGCGGAAGAGGGAGAGGAAGAGAUCCACUCAGAGUCAGAGGAAGAAGAUGGGGAAAAUGGAGGAACACUGAAAUGUACAGAAUGUGACAAAACCUUCAACAGUGUCUCUAAGCUGAAGUCUCACACCAGAGUUCAUGCUGGACAAAACCUGUUUGGCUGUAAGCACUGUCCGGCUAAGUUUGUGUACGAAAAUCAGCUAAAGCUUCACAGCAAAAUCCACGAGGGGACCGGUGGCUACGCCUGUGCUAAGUGUCCAGCAAAGUUCACCUUGGCGUGGAGCCUCAAGCUGCACGAGAAAACCCAUGUCACGAAGAAGGCCUUUCCAUGUUCGGAGUGCUCAGCAAAGUUUGACAGCGCCGGCAGCCUGAAGGAACAUGAACAAUCUCACAGGUUGCCGUAUGCCUGCAUGCAGUGUACAGCAAAGUUCAGUACUGCGAGAGAUCUCUGGGAACAUGAGAAUGUCCACAACGAUGAAGAAUCAGGCAGCAAUGUGAAGGAACCUGCAGAGGUCUCCAUUUCAGUGGCAACUGAACAGGACAGUGGCAAAAGCGUUGGCAAGAAGACACUGCACGGCUGCACACAAUGCAGCACAUGGUUUGUCAGCAGAGAUCAUCUUCAGCAACAUAAAUGUACUAAGAGUAACAGUAACACUCGCAUCGAAGAAAAACAGUAUCAUUGCUCACAGUGUUCUGCAAAGUUUGCAAAGAAGAAAAACCUGAAGGAGCAUGAAAGAAAGCAUGCUAAGAAGACAAAAUACACAGCUAAGGUUUCCCAGAAAACCCAAAACACAGCUGUGGCCAGUAGUGAUGGUCUUUCAGAGAUUAUUGACCUGACUGAUUCGACAGACGAGCCUCAAAAUACCACUGAAUAUGGCAGUCUUCAGCAAGAUGGAGCUGGUAGUGAAGAUCUCGAAGAUGAGAUUGUGGAUGUGACCAGCAUCGAACCGACAGAUGAGCAUCAAAAUAUUAGUGAAUCUGACCGUUUAAGUGAAGGUCUUGAAGAGGUUGUGGAUGUGACAAGCAUUGAGCCAACAGAUCAGGAUCAAAAUACCAGUGAAUCUGACCAUUUUCAGAGAGAUCAACGCAAGACAGUGGAUGGGAAGCCACAGCACACCUGCCUACAGUGUAAUGCUACGUUUCCCAGUAACUCAAAGCUGAAUAGACACAUGACGGUGCACACAGGCGAACUUAAGUACCACUGCUCCCAAUGUUCUGCCGGUUUCUCCACAAAAAAAGGCCUGGAAAAGCACAUGAAGAGACAUGGCAGACAGCAAGGUAGUAGCGGUACCCAACGCCCUGCCAAGGUCACUUCUCGGAGUAAGUUCAAAAAGAAUAGGAAGCCCCAAAAGGGUGCAAAACCGUUCAGUUGCCCCGAAUGCCCAGCAAAAUUCGUCAGCUACGUUGAGAAAAAGAGCCACAUGAAAGUGCACGGCCAGGAGGACAAGACUCACAUCUGCUCUCAGUGCGGCGCAAAGUUUGCCCACUACAACAGCCUGGUGAGUCACCAGCGGUACCACCAGGGGGAGAAGAAGGUGGUGUACAGCUGCAGCGACUGUCCGGCCAAGUUCGCACAACAGCACAGCCUCUGGCUGCACAGGAGGAUGCACGGGGAGGCGGUGCACAGCUGCCCGGAGUGUCCGGCCGUGUUCAAGAACCAUGCUCACCUUGCCAGUCACGUGCUGGUCCACUCGGCUCAGGACAAGCCGUACAAGUGCAAGCACUGUUCAGCCCAGUACAAUUGUUUAAGUCAUCUCACAUACCACGAAAAGCUCCACCAGAAUGUGGCAGGCAGCACGCAGCCAACUGAAGCUUUAUUGAGAAGCAAUGAAGACAAGCAGGUUGUCGAAGAGACAGGAGAGAAGACGAAGCUGGUUGUCGAAGAGACAGGCAAGAAGAGGAAGCGGGCACCUCAGCAAGUGGUUGCGCCUUCCAAAAAGAGCUACGACUGUAAGGAGUGUCCAGCAAAGUUCACUAAUGCUAGUCACUUGUGGAGCCACAUGCAGGUGCAUUAUGGUGGAGACAAGCCCCGCCACUGCCCCCACUGCUCUGCCAAGUUUUCCUCGCCCUAUCACCUCUCCAGGCAUCUGAAGGUACACAACGAGACAGAAAAGGAUGGCUCACCUCUUCAAGAUGCUGAGGCUACCCAAGAAGCACCCAGGAAAAAGCAGAAGAAACAGCAACCACCUGCAAGCAAUGACUCGCCCUCUGUCUCUGAUGCUGAAGCCAGGCCAAAAGCACCCAGGAAAAAGCAGAAGAAGCAGAAACCACCUGCAAGCAAUGUGAGGUACAGCUGUUCGAUUUGUUCUGAAGAGUUCCUUCAUCCAUAUGACCUGAAAGUCCACUGGGCAAGCCACACUAUUGAAAAAAUAUACAGCUGUGACAAGUGCCCUGCCAGCUUCAAACGUGUUGGUCACCUCAGGCGACAUCAAAAGGCCCACAGUAGAAAUGGACAUUACUGUUGCCCUUACUGCUCAGUCAAAUAUGACAGACUUGCGCAUUUAAGAAUGCACAUGAGGGCCUACCAUUCAGGUGUCAACAGGGCCAGGCCAUUCGUCUGUCCAGAGUGUCCUGCUAAUUACAUCCGUGCUGAUCACUUGAAAAGCCACUUGAAAGUGCACAGGGAAGGGUCAGUCCGUAAACCGUACAGGUGCCAACAUUGCACAGCCAGCUUUCUGACACCCUCGCAUCUUACAAAUCACAUGAAGCUCCACACUCAGGAAGAUGAAGGCAAUGAGGGGUUGAAGGAACACCUUUGUUCGCAAUGUCCGGCUGGGUUCAAGGAUGCCCGUGGUCUAAGCGAACAUCUUAAGAUUCACACGGAGAAGUCAAACGUAUGCCCGGAGUGCCCAGCAAGGUUCAAUCGUCCCGACCACCUGAGGAAUCACAUGUUGUUACACAAAGAAGUAGAACAAGACGAGAGACGCUACCACUGCAAGCAUUGCAGUGCCAAGUUUAAUGCCAAGCAUCAGCUCACAAACCAUGAAAAGCUUCACAGUGAGCCCAGUGCAGUGACAGCAACACCCAAUGAGACAUCUUCCAAGUGCCCACAUUGUUUAAGACGAUUUAAGACAGUUAAGACGAUGAAGAAACACACGAGGCAGUGCCUCAUGGCCAUAGGAAACAGGCCCUACACCUGUCCACACUGCCCAGCCAAAUUUGCCCUCGCUUCAACCCUGGAGAGGCAUGUUAAAACUCACAGUUGUGAGAGACCAGAUGAUCACCAACAGGAAGCUUCUGCAUCAUCUUCUGCCACCUCCAGGCCACAAUCAGCUGGUGAUGAAGGGAGGGACUAUCACUGUGGAGAAUGUCCUGCCAAGUUUUCUAGUGAAUAUAAGCUGAAUAGACACCAAGAAAUACAUGAUGCCACUAAGCCGAAGCCAUACAGCUGCUCCUAUUGCAGUGCCAAGUUCUCUAUUACUGGCCAACUUGCGCAGCACGUCAAAAUUCACAAAUUGGUUCAAGAAGUCUCGCCUCAGCCUGUCUCAGAGUCAGAGCAAGUUCUUCAAAUUGCUGCAAAGAAAAGAGAUGAGAGGGUGGCAUUCCGUUGUAGCGUGUGCUCUGCAAUAUUUACGACACAAGCACACCUGAACGCACACAAAGAGGUGCACUUACGAGGUGAUCUCUACACCUGCUCAAAGUGUCCAGCUAAGUUUGCCCUGCAAAGUGACCUGGAAGACCACAAGAAGACACACUCACACUCAGCAAGUGAUCAAGAAUCUGGAAUAGCUGAGAAGUCGACUUCGGCAAAAUCUGCAGAAAAGACAUCUGCUGAUAAGAGCGUGAAGUCUGGUGCCAAGAAGACCAAAUGGUUCAGGUGCCGAUACUGCAAGUCCAAUUUUAGAGGGGAAACGCGACUGGCAGUGCAUAUCAAUGUCCAUCAUUGGGAACUUCAGCAGAAAAGCAGCUCCGAGCCAUCAAAGAAGGCAGUGUCUAAUGAUCAGGACUGUUUCAAUGGCCAGACUUACAAAUGUCCACAGUGUCCUUCCGAAUUCACCAAUGCCCUGAACCUUAAGGUUCACCUGCAGACCCAUCAGGGAAAGAGGCAACACAAGUGCCAGAAGUGCCCAGCUGUCUGCUCCAAUCCCUCUAGUUUGAGAAGGCACAUGGACACACACCAUGGAAAUGGGAUCCAGAAGAGACAUUACGGUUGCCCGCAUUGUCCUGCCAGGUUUAUUCGCUUGGAACAUUGCAAGGCCCAUCUGAUUGUCCACACCAGGGAGGGACCAGGGCUGUUUCGCUGCACCCUCUGCACUGCAAAGUUCCUCCAUACUAAACAGCUAAAUAUUCACAUGGCAUUACAUAAUGGCAAGAAGAUAUUUAAGUGUGAUACGUGUUCGUUGGAGUUCUUAACUCUGGAAUGUCUGAAAAGUCAUCUAAAGAUUCACCCUGAGAAACCUUCCUACUCAAAACAACCAAGCAAUGCUGCCAAUAGAAGUACGGUACAGAAUGAUGAUGCAGACAAGAGGAUCUCUUCAGCCGACCGUCCGUACACUUGUCAGAAGUGUUCCCGUAAGUUCUUGAGCUCCCAGCAGCUGGAGUAUCACAUGGUGUGGCACAGCGGGGACAGGCGACACGAAUGCUCCCUUUGCUCCCAGAACUUCCCCACAGCCCAGAGCCUGAAGGAGCACAGGAAAACCCACGCUGGUGAGAGACCUUUCAGGUGUCCAAUGUGCCCUGCCGACUUUGAAUAUAAGAGCAACCUGAAGAGGCACGUAGAAAGAAAGCAUUUCAAAGAAAGUGAUGAAGGCAACACAAGUGGUACCCCAACAACUCAAGGGACAACACAUAAUGCCCAGAAAGGCAGCCCUGAUGGGAGUAACGAAAAUUCUACUGAGCAGCAGAAAACCAGCUCUGGCAGAGGGAAAUCUUAUGCUUGUUCAGCAUGUUCAAAAGAGUUUGACAGGUUUAAAGAUUUGAGAAAACACAGGAAAACCCAUUCUGGAAAAAAGCGUGCAAAAGGUAACGGCAAAAGGCAAAGAUGUGAAGAGUGUAACGCCACCUUCAGCGAAUUACGUUGCCUUGAACGUCACCAACGAACCCACAGUGGAGAGAGACCCUUUGCCUGUCCUGUGUGUUCGCUUCGGUUUGCGCGAAAGGAUAAUGUAUUGAGGCAUGUUGCUAGCGUGCACAAGGAAAACGAGGCAGCCGGCAACUCUAACUCUAACCAGGAGAAACACCCCAAACCUGACAAGAAGUUACACAACUGUCCUGAAUGCCCAGCCAGGUUUAGCACUGUUGAACUGUUGGCGCAUCACAAGAAAAUCCAUCGCAUCUCUUCCAAGGGAAAAGCAACACUAAACAAUAAUUCCUCGGUAGAGUCAUCGAACCCGGCCACCCUGGAAGUGAUGGAGACGCAGGUUGUCCACGAGCCCGGGGCGGCCUCACAUGUCGAAGCCGUCGUCGUGGCCAACCUUGAGCAACUUCCCAUACAGGAGUCGGCAAGCGCCACAGUACAGAAGGUGUUACAAACAGAUGACCAGCCUCCGUCGUCUGGAAGUGCCGAAUCUCCUGAGCUCGCACAGCACCAUCAACCAGGGAGUAGCUCCUCUUCAGGGCCUCCAGAUAGCCACCCGGCACAAACAGCAACAGUGUCAAGACCAGCUGUUUCAACCCAUAUGAGGGCUUUAGCGGAAGAACGUACGUCCCUUCAAAAGACCAAUGAACAAGUCCCUGCCCCCGGCAAUGUGCCACUUCUGAACGGACUGUGGCAGAGAGUCGAGACGACCAGCCCUCCCCAGGGACUUGUACCAGUGGCGUUGUCCUACAGUGAGGCAUUACAGGCUGGGGAGACCAUACUACAGGCGUCGAUGGCAAACAGCUACAUAGGAGGGAACACCAUUCAACAACAGAUAACAGAGACAAGCCCAUCCCCGAAUUCAUCUGGACCAGGUCGGUUGUCCCAAUUGCCUCAUGAUGCCCAGCUGCUUAAACCGCAUCAGGGCCAUUCCUCCCUGCAGCAAAAUGAUGGAAGGAGGACAGAAGAUACACAGAACAGUGAUGAGAAAGAUAUACUUAACAGUGAUGAGAGUAAGCUCAAUGACAUUAGAUACUUCUGCAUUGGGUGCAAGCAGGUCUUCCUCACAGAGAAAGAUCUGAAGGCCCAUCUGCAGGGAGAUCAUCAAGCACCAACUCCAAGCCAAGGGAACUCCUCUCAUCAUAGGAUUGUCAUGCUACAGAGGAAAACUACUGACGCUGAUCAGGGAAAGACGUCCGUGUGCAGUGAAGCAAACGUGCUGGCUGUUCCCAAGCAGAGCAUGAACGGAGUCCUGAGAAACUGCAGCCAUGUUUUCUGCGUUCUCUGUGCCGGAAAGGUCAACAUCAACGAUAUCUCCCACCACGUUAAGAUUAAACACGGAAUACUUUCGUUGGACGGGGAUUAUCCCUUUGGGCAAGCGACCAGCUGCAUGACCUGCAGUCGAAGGCUGUAUGGUGAAGAAGAGGUACAGCAACACACAAGGAAGAGGCACAUAGUUCUGAGGGACACGGCAGGGCCAUUUCUUGCAUACGACAACACCCAGAGUUUGAGCAAUAGUGAGGACGACCCAAGACAAGAUGACAGGCAACAUGCUGCUGUUUUGGGAUUGUCAACAAAGGAGGGAGACGUUUUGGCUGAUAAGUCAAGUUUGUCUAAGAGUGAUGGGUGUAGCAGGAUGGCAAGUGAGAAGGAACAAAUCCCCACUGUCGGUAAUUCCUCAUCAGAAAAAGCAAGUGUACACAGUUCUUCAAUGACAGCCUCGGUGAAGGUUGAGAAAAACAACAGGGAGGCAGUUUUGUUGAAAGGAGCAUUUUCACUUAAUGAUGCCCAGAAGAAAAAGUUUCUGAUGAUUUCCAGGGCAGCUGAUGCAUGCAUGAAGAAAAAGCGAUAUCUCGUCAUCCGUGGAAGUGACGGCACUGAUAGAUCAGCCUGCUCCUCCCCCCAAACAGACUGCAGUAGCUCCCGCGAUACUACUUCUUCCCCUCUGCUGAACUCCCCAGAGCAGCUGUGCCAUAUCAAGACUGAAGGAGGGGAGAAGCCAAGUGCUUCCAGCAGACUCCAUGAACUGCCAAAAUCGAACAACAAUUCAACUGAUGUGCCUGGUCUGCAAAAACAGUUGGCCUUGGUGGCCAGUAUUCUAUCAUCAACCCUUAAAAAGAACUCAUCCACUGAAAAGAACUCUAAGAUGAGAGAUCACAAUGUCAAUUCUCAGGGUACCAAACCCACUAUUGAGAGGCAAACGGUAAAGGACUGUCUCAGGGGUGUAAGCGUAAAGUCAGAGCCAGUCACCUCUGAUGUUGACAGUGCUGAUGCGGGUCUCUCUGCAGCUUCAGAUGCGGAAGACAUGAAUGAUCUUGGUGACGUCACUGCCAUAAAUGAACCUCUUCAGUCCAUCAAGGAGGAAGCAAUAGUUGAGGAAUUCUAGGAGAAUAUUACUUACACUAAAGAACAUGCUCUUUUUUGUAUCAAAUUGUACAUGUUAUAUGUAUAAAUUAUAUUGGUGCUAUUUUUGUAUGUAUAAAUUGCGAGCUAACAUUUAUAUUUAUACCAGACUGGAACUAGAAUUCUGCCUUUUCUUUUCUGUACACAUUUUUAGUUGGCAUUUCAGAUAGAUGAACGACAGCCAGGUACCCAGUUAGCUACCAUGGUAAAAAAAUUGUCUUAGUAGUGUCACAAACAUAUCCAAAUUUUUCGAAAAAAAAAUGAAAAUACAGCCUUAAAGUGCAUGUAUUGUUG